AUGAUCAAGGAUAAUUACAGUAACAAACAACAGCAACAGCAACAGCAACACAUGGCAACUGCAAAGAGAUACCCGCAGUUGAUACUGCUCGGCGAUUCAAUCCUCCAAAACACGCUGCUGGUGCGUGACGGCUUCAGUUUCCAAGCCGGUCUAGCUGAACACUGCCUCCGUAGAUUAGACAUCAUCAACCGGGGCUUUAGUGGUUACAGCACUGCAAACAUUUCAGUCAUCCUACCUGAUAUUAUUCCAUCUCCCUCCGCUGCCAAGGUUGACUACCUAAUCAUCCUCUUGGGCUCAAACGACGCCUGUUUACCGGAUAGUCCAUCGGGCCAGCAUGUCUCCCUCGAGAAAUACCGUGAAAAUCUGACGGCCAUCCUCACUCAUCCAUCGGUCACGGCUCACGACCCCAAGAUCCUUCUGGUUACGCCUCCGCCAGUCCAUGAAGUCCAUCUGCAGGAAGGCGACCUAGCAAGAGGCUAUACUGCUCUGACCCGGCACCAGGCCGUCACGGCAAAAUAUGCCGAUGUUGUCCGGGAUAUUGCCAUCCAAUUCAAAAACAAUAAUGUUGACCUUGUUGAUCUUUGGACUACCUUGACGCAGGAAGCUGCCCGGCUGACUCCAGGUUAUGUUAAUGAUGGCAAACUGAUCGGAACACUGGAGACGGGCGAAAAUCCCGGCUUGAGAGCUCUGUUAGUCGAUGGGCUGCAUCUCACAGGUGCUGGGUACAGCGUGUUCCUUAAUGAAGUUGUGCCAUUCAUUGGACCUGAAUGGGCUCAAGAACCAGAGACCAAUCCAAAGUGGAUUUUCCCUUGUAGUGGUUAUUGUGCAUCAAUCGAUGAAACGAAGUGGGUUCAGGGGAGAACCACAAUUGUUAUCCUCAAAAAUACCGAAACCAAGGUUGUAAUAUUGAUUCUUCAAAGGAAGACCUUCACAAGCCAAAAUCUUAUCGUCUGUUGUUUGAAUGCUGUGGUACCUGAACUCUUGUUCUGCUCGAGAGUCUCCGACUCGUUCCCCCCGCAGAUCGACCAGCUUCCUCAGCCACAGGUCACGAUUCUAAGCUCUACGGUUGUGAACCAGCGUGGUGACCAAGACCGACGGUCGCAGGUCGAUGCGGUGGAGGAGGCGGAUUUCGCGAAUCUCCUCUGCAAACGAGGGCUCGAGGGACGAUAUUGCCAGGACCACAUACGGAAAGUGACUUGGCCACUCCGCAGCCUCUCACUUGAGCCGUUUGUGGGAGCAAACUGCUGCCUGCAUUGCAUUGAAUACGAGGCAGACCGACCGCUCAUCCAAUCCGGGAAUACAGCUCCAAGGCUGGCUGGCCAUAGCUACUUUGAGAAAUAUUCCAUCAAAGCCGACAGAGUUCAGGGCAGCUCGCAACGAAGUUUCGGUGGCAGCUUCAUUUGCCUGGCACCGCGACUACUCCAUCUGGCAUACAAACGGAGGUUGGGGAUGGAUCCGCAGUUUGUUGCUACUCGAGAAGAACUAUACCAUGUACAGAUGGAAAUCAAGCAUGUCCAAACUGUGCAGACCAGCCACGCCGACCGCCUCUCGAGACUGGAAAGACGACAAGCGGACGAUGCUGCCCUGAAGUCUGUUUGGGGCCCCAGCUCGCCAUUCCCGGGUGGCAUUCUGAGUGGCACUCCCCAGCAAGGCCCGGUUCUCAAUUCUUCGGCUGACGUUUUUGACGAUUUUGACGAUGAACAAGGGCAAAACCUGCUUGGUAGUCUGCAAUUGGAGCCCGAUGAGGAACCCGUCAGGCGCGGUACUUCUCGAGCUAACAGUGUACGAUUCGAUGUCAGCGCUCUACAAGGGUCGAACUGGGCAGCAGGCCCUCGGAAUUUAGGAGAGUUUGCACCCACCCGACCCAAUAGCGCAUUCAGCAGUCAUCCUAUGACAGAGCGUACCCUUUCACACAAGUCGGAUGGUAGACACAGUUCGGCCGGUCACUCUGUGCACUCCAUGCAUUCAGCCCCAUCCGGGCGAACAAGUAGCCUAGGACUAGAUACCAAUUUCUUGAUCGGGGGUCAAGAUGACGAUGAGUCGCCUCUCGACAUCCCUGAUCCUCCACCCGGAUUGUUCAUUUUGGGAUCAGUUCCUUCUAUCAUCCGAUGUUGGUUAACGACUAACUUCUCUCACAAUGCACUUCUCUAUGCUGCAGUGUGUACCGGUUCUCAAAGAUCGACCCUCGACUACAGUCUUGUGAAAGAGCUUGGAUUGGCCGACCAGGUGCACAAAGACUCCACGAGCCGUAACGUAAUCAAGCUCCCUUUGUACCUGCCCGAGGCUGUCAUCACACAGCCAGUAUCAAGAUCAAACAGCCCAGCUCCCUGCCUGCCUGCCCUGACCACCGACUUUGAGAUUAUUGGAAUGACCCAGCGCGGCAACUCUGAUCGGAAGAAGAUCCGCGUGUUCCUUGGCAGCGAUACCCUCCGUGCCCAUAAUGCAGACAUCUUGCUCUCUCAAAACCUUAUGGUUCUCUACGGCGAUGAUCGAAACAAGCUUUCGGUACCAUUUGUUAGACCUGAGGACGAGAACAUGUUCAAGAAUCUACAGACUACGAAUGUCCUUGCAGAGAGGAAUGAGUUGAAGGCGACUGCUCCCGCAUUCACGCCUACGGAAUCUAAAGCCAAGGUUGAGCCGACACCCGACGCUGUCAACUUUGCUCUGACAAGUGGCACGGCAAAGGUCGGGGACACCAAUCCUGAUAAGCAUCAGCUUCCCACAGCUGUAGAACCCCAGUCGCCAUACACUCCUGCCUUCGCCUCUCAGGUCAACGAUCGUGAGCGAGCUUCCAGCGUAAAGUCAGGGAACGGCGUUGUCAACGGCAGCGCCACUGACUCUGAGCGACAACACAUAGGUGACACAUCUGCCACCGAGCCCGAGGCAUCAGACACCCACACUCCGGAACCCAACCGCCGUGAGUCCUCUGGUGGAAUAUGGGGUUCCUGGCGCCAAGCCGGCUCCAUAAACGGCAGCGAGACCGAGUCAACGAGCGGCUACCAGCGCGCCACCCGAGGGGGCCGGAGCAUGAAAGUCCUCAAGCCAUCCUCGAAGCCCGCCAUCCCAGCACCGACCCGCUCGUCGUCAUCAGCCCGCACCGACCCGCCUCGCGCUUCCGGAGAAGCCAGACGCAAGAGCCAGGCUACGGGAACCGAGAACGUAUCGUUGCGGUGGGAAACGAAGAGGACCGGCUCGGAGGAGCAGAGACCGCCGCACUCACAUCCGCGCGUAGCGAGCAUUACGACGAUGCCGAGGAGUUCGAACCCGAUCGGUGGCGCGUCGGCUUUCGUGUGGAUGAAUCCUGGGAAGCCGAAAGCGUCUGCAACGGCGGAGUGA